CGGUCACGAUCAGAACUUGGAGUUAGGGAGUGGGGACUGUGGUGGGUCUUAUACACACACACAAGUGACUGUGUCUAUAUAUUUGUAACUAAAUCGUCGAAGCUUACUCAUCUGUUUUGCAAAUAGCUUGAUCAUUCUUCAGAUAAUCAUGGGAACUGUUUUGAAAACCAUUGGAGUAGCUCUGUUCUUUUCGUUCUUCUUGUUCCCAAUUGUGUUCUCAGAAUCAAAAGAUGGGUUGGUGAGAAUUGGACUAAAGAAAAUUAAACAUGAUCAAAACAACCGCCUUGCGUCUCGGCUUGACCCCAAGGCUAUGGAGUCUUUGAAGGCUUCCAUCAACAAGUAUUAUCUCGGCAGUACACUUGGAGCCUCUGAGGAUACUGAUAUCGUAGCUUUAAAGAACUACAUGGAUGCUCAAUACUUUGGUGAAAUUGGUGUUGGUACCCCCCCUCAGAAGUUCACUGUGAUUUUUGACACCGGAAGUUCUAAUCUUUGGGUGCCAUCAGCAAAGUGUUACUUCUCUGUGGCAUGCUUCUUUCAUUCAAAGUACAAGGCAAGCCAAUCAAGUACCUACAAGGCAAAUGGAACAUCUGCUGCAAUUCAAUAUGGUACUGGAGCUAUAUCUGGUUUUUUCAGUCAGGACAAUGUUAAAGUUGGCGAUCUAGUUGUCAAGAAUCAGGAUUUCAUCGAGGCCACAAAGGAGCCUGGUGUGACAUUCGUGGCAGCCAAAUUUGAUGGUAUUCUAGGGCUUGGAUUCCAAGAAAUUUCUGUCGGCCGUUCAGUCCCGGUUUGGUAUAACAUGGUAAAACAAGGUCUUGUCAAGGAACCAGUCUUUUCAUUUUGGCUAAACAGAGACCCUAAGGCGGAUGUAGGGGGAGAGAUUGUGUUUGGCGGGGUUGAUCCUACACAUUUUACAGGGGUACACACUUACGUGCCUGUGACACGUAAAGGCUACUGGCAGUUCGGUAUGGGCGAGGUUCUGAUUGAUGGGAAAGAAACUGGUUUUUGUGAAAAAGGAUGCUCUGCAAUCGCAGAUUCUGGAACUUCUUUGCUAGCUGGUCCAACGACUGUGAUCACAAUGAUUAAUCAUGCAAUUGGAGCAUCUGGUGUUGUUAGCAAGGAAUGCAAGACCGUGGUUCAACAGUAUGGGCGGACAAUUAUGGAAAUGCUUUCUACAGGGGUACAACCUAAGAAGAUAUGCUCCCAAAUUGGCCUUUGCACCUUUGAUGGAACUCAUGGUGUCAGUAUUGGCAUAGAGAGUGUAGUAGAUGAGAGUAGUGGCAGAUCAUCUGGACUUGGUGAUGCUAUGUGCUCUACUUGUGAAAUGACAGUGGUGUGGAUGCAGCAUCAGCUUAGGGAAAACCAGACACAAGAGCGUAUAUUGAAUUAUGUCAAUGAGUUGUGUGAUCGUUUGCCUAGUCCAAUGGGGGAGUCUGGUGUUGACUGUGCAAAGGUUUCUUCCAUGCCUAGUGUCUCCUUUUCUAUCGGCGGCAAAGUUUUCUCUCUUCCUCCUGAGCAGUACAUACUCAAGGUGGGCGAGGGAUCGGCUGCUCAGUGUAUUAGUGGAUUUACUGCUAUGGAUAUUGCCCCUCCUCUGGGACCACUCUGGAUCCUGGGAGACAUCUUUAUGGGUUACUACCACACUAUAUUUGAUUUUGGCAAGGCAAGGGUUGGAUUCGCAAAUGCUGCAUAAAUCAAUGUGUCCGUUCGGCAUCUAGCAUCUAGCAUCUAGCAUUAAUUCGCUCUUUCUCCCUCUCUCUUUGUAUUAGCACAGUAGUACCACUGCGAAUCAAGCUUUAAAAUGAUAUGAAACCCUUUAAGCAUGGCAUGUAUAUAUAUAUCUGAGUAUGUUCUGUUAUUAA